CAGUAUCUGGACAGAAUUUUGAAUGCUGCAUGCCACUGAAGUUCCGAUCUGGAAAUAGGAAUGUAAAUGUUAAGUUUACUGUGUCUGCCUGUGAUGAGGUACAAUACAGUGUGGAGAGGAAACAAUGGACUAAAGCUGGAUUGUCAGCCAUUUCUGGCAACCAAGUAUCAGAGGACCUAGGCCAAUCAUUCCAGCUGAACUAUACCCUUAUAGAUGCUCAUGGGUCAGUUAGAGUUACAAUGUCUCUACAAGCAUGCUACCUAGCUCAACAACAGCCAUGUGAUAUAUAUGAAUUGACCCCUAAAACUAGUUUAACCAUUACAAAGCCAACAUGUGCUGGUAGGAGGAGGAGAAAAAGGGAGGCUACUGAACCAAGUCCUGCCAACUUCCAUGAAGGAAUGAGAAUUCUAACAGAGAGAAAGGCAUCAAAUGAAGAAAUGGAAUCCUAUAUUGAUAAAGUCAAACAACAUGAGCAUGAAGAAAAACUGAUGAAUUUGGAAGGUGCUGAAAUUUCACCUGGCGAUACUAAGAUAGGACCUAAAUCUGCUCUGAAGGCUUUGGGGAAGAAUAAUCCAGCAGCCAUAGUAACAACAGGAGAAGUGGCUGCUCCAUCACCUGUUGAAGGGGGUUCAGAGAUAGCUGAUAUGAUGGGUGCUACAGGUGACAUAAAAGGCAGAACAAAACAGGCAUUUGUUGUUGGAAGUGGUCUGACUAAUGUUGGGAUCAAGCUACUGGGAGAGAAACUGGCCAACAUGACCAUUGGUGACCUGGCUACUAUGUUUGAUAUGAAAAACAUUGACCCAGUUCUUAUUUACCAACUUGGAGUACAACUAAAAGAUUUGGCAAAGGCUUUGCUGUCUGAGUUCAUUGACCAUAUAAUGAAUGGUCAGAUAAUGAAUAUACUGAAAUCCUUUGAUGUUCCAAUGAAAGGAGAUUUUAGUUUUCCUAAACAACAUGCCACCUUCUUCAAGAUCCAACAGACCUAUAUUCUUGGAGGCUUUAUAAUAAUGACGUUUGAGUUUGGUGCUGGUGCAUAUUAUGGGAUGAAGUUUGAGAUAGGAGCCAAGUUAAUGGAUAUGAAAGCGUAUGCUCAGAUAGUUCCCUAUGGUGGUGUAGAAGUUUGGGGUGAGCUAGGAAUAGGCUUCCUGUUGUAUGGCAAAAUUAGAUUGGAAGGCAGAAUUAUGGAUCUGAGAUUUCCAACAACAGCCGAAAUUGGUUUCAACAAGUUUCCACUUGAUGUUGGAAUGUCGAUGUACCUGGAGCUGACACCGAUAGAGAUAAGACUGCUAGGUCUGGUGACACUUGAAAUCAAUUUACUGUUUGUAUCAUUUAAGGUGGUGUUAUAUAAGCAUCAAAUCUGGGGAUACAAAUCUCCAACUAUCAGAGCUAAGAUGGUGGACACGUUUAAAAAAGAAGUAGACAAGUCUGCUCCAGAAAUAGACUCUUUUGUUGAUAAAGUAACUGCUGAAAGGAAAAAGAGAGGAGCUGCACCAUGCCAGGUCCGACAGUUCCCAGGACAAGACUAUACGGAGCCUCGUUUUGAGAUAGCUGUAAGAGCAGCAGAUGACAGAUGUCAAGUCAAAUUAUUUCUAAAUGUUGGAACUGUUCCAGGAGGUCAUGAUGUACUUAAGGAGAAAGAACUGGGAGGCCCAUCUACAAUAGUAAAGGAGAGAUUAAAAACAUCAGGAGUUCCUCUGUACUUCACUGUCAUUGCUGAAAACGACUCAGGUCAAAGGUCAAGGGCAAGCUGUUACUUAGCAACAUAUGAUGUUACCUUGCCUGGAGGUCGUUUCCAAGAAGAAUACAUUACCUCUAGUAACCCAGCUGUAAUGAGAGCAUCAGUUACAGUGUAUGAGGACUCAGAUCUUCAACAGUCUAUGGUUGGUGUAGGAUUUGGCAAGGAUAUCUACGGAGACCAAGUUAUUAGCUGGGCUGAUGUUUCCAUGAAAGAACAACAGCACACAUUUAACAUUGGAAAUGAUCCAUUUAACCAUGAAGUUCUGAGAAAGAUGUUCACUGGUUCCCGCACUGGACGUUUGAUAGCACCUAAAGCUGGCCCAGAUACUACCAAGAAUUCCCCUGGAGAUUGUGCCCGGGCAUGUGCUGACCUACCGCACACAAAAUGCAUGAGUUUUAAUUAUGACUUUGGCAAGGCUACGUGUGAACUGGUUGAAGCCAUAGAAGGCCAUGACUACAAACGAUCCAAGUCGGGACUAUUUGAACAUUAUGAAAGACUUGGUGUUGGGAAAACAAAACAGUUUGUGUAUGAUCAACUGGUCUUACAGCAUAAUAGAAUACAUUACUUCAAUUUUAUGAUGGUGAAUGUUCUGGCUUACACUAAUAUCAUUUCAUCUAAAGGUGUAUUGGUAGACCUGACUACACCACUAACAGGUCUUAUCAAGAAUGCCAGUGCUGAUUACCUGGAAAUUGUUCCUUGUUUAAGUCUGAUUCCAGAACACAACAGACCAGACUGGAAAAUGUGGUGCAAAGGGAUCAAUCCUAAAGUAAAAAAUCACAGAUUAAUUAUUGAUGGCUCAGGAUCUCUGACUGUGUUUAAUGGACCAGACCCUAUGACUGAUCUAAGAUACACCCGAGCAAACAGAUACAUUUCAGCUAACUGGGAUGGAUUUAAUGACAAGGAGAGUGGAUUACUUGGAUACACUAUUACAGUGGGUAAACGACAUUGUGAGGAUUUGAUCCACCCACAUCAUGAUCCACAUAAACAUCUGUUUGACAAGUCACAGUGGACUAAUUCAGCCAUGAUCAGUCCAAUACCAGCACCAUAUACAAUACUUCCAGAUGGAGCAUACUAUAUCACUGUGAGAGCUUUGAACGAAGUAAAGUAUGGAGGGCCACUAUCAACAACAGUAUGUCACACCACUCCAUAUGUGGUGGACAAUUCUCCUCCAUUUGUGUGGGAGAUAUUUGAUAUCAACUAUGAUGAGGACACAUUGGAAUUGACAGCAAAGCACAAUUCCAGUGAUCCAGAUUCUGGACUAGAGUCUAAUGAUUUAUGUUUUGGACACACAACACGUGAUUGUGAUGAGAUGGAAUGGACAAGACUGACCUUUAACCCAAACAUUUCAUACACCAAAAGGCUGUCAAAUGGGAUACCAAUCUGGAUUAAAAUCAAGGCAGUAAAUAGAGUUGAUUUGAGGACUAUAGGUGUAGCAGAUCAGGCCAUUAUUAUAGACAAGACCCCACCAGAAUCUGGUACAGUAAAUGAUGGACCACUGUAUGGAACAGACCUACUUUACACCAAAAACUUUGAUACUCUGUGCGCUAACUGGCUACACUUCUAUGAUCCUGAGUCAGGUAUUGCCUUUUACAUGGUCAGUGCAGGCUCUCUACCUGACAUAAAUGUUACAGACAUUGCUAACCUGACUCAGUACAACAGGAAAACACAUGAAGCAUGUGUACCCUUGUCUACAGAUCAAUAUCUAGAACAUGGAAAGACUUAUUACACCACAGUGUGGGCUUACAAUGGAGCCAUUAGACAGAGGAACUGUGUGGGCAUAUCAAAUGGAGUGACGGUAGAUUUGACAAAGCCAGUCCCAGGACAGGUUAUUGAUGGUAAUGUUACUGGGUUCGAAGAUGUCAUGUUUUCCCCAAGUCCUGCCAAGGUUGAGGUACAAUGGAGAAACUACUAUGAUCCAGAGUCUACCAUUAAACAGUAUGAAGUACAAGUUGAGAGAGCUCCGAAUCAGACGAAUGACUACAGUGUUAUCAGAGACUGGGUUCCAUAUUCCAAUACAACAAGAAGUGUCAAAUGGUUGAACUUUCACCUUCAGCAUAAGGAUAAAGUCAAGGUCAACCUUAGGACAACUAAUGGAGCAUUGAAUACUAUUGUGAAUACUACAGAUGGAUUUGUGGUAGAUCUGACACCGCCAACCUUGAUAAGUCUGGGAGAUGGUCUGGAACAAGGAAAGGAUAUAGAAUUUCAGUCUGGGAAUACCACACUGUCAGCCAACUUCAAGUUUGUGGAUGAGGAGUCUGGACUAGACCAUUAUAAAUUCCAAAUAUAUGAGAGACAUCAGGGAAUCACUCAGCAGAUUGUACCUCACAAACAUGGAGCAUGGUUAGAAGUAAAAGACAAUAUACACAGAACUAAAUAUACACACACAGGACUGUCACUGCACCAAGGAGGAUUGUACAGUAUCAGAGUGGGGGCUGUCAACAAAGCAGGAUUUGUAGCAGCCUUUGAUACCAGUGGAGUGGUGCUAGACAAUGAACCCCCUUUAAUGCAUUGGUUGAAAGUUGGUACACUAUCUGAAGGACAUGAGGAAGAUAUUGAUGGUUAUGUGUGGCAGGCUGACACCAGUGGCAUUAAAGCUGCUUGGGAUGCAGAUGAUCACCAGUCUGGCGUGGUUGGUUACAAGGUGGCUGUGGGUACUACUAAAGGAGGGACAGACAUUUCAUCAUGGAAAGAUUAUGGAACAGAUACAGAUAUAUACAUUAAAGGUUUGACAUUGACUGUCAGUAAUGAGACAGCUCAUUAUCCAGUGUACUAUGUCAGUCUGAAGGCUAUCAAUGGAGCUGGUCUAGAGAGUGAUCCCGUCAUAUCUACACCUAUCAUGGUAGUUGAUGAAGAUGAACCAGGUAUAGUGAUUGAUGGAGCAGACAGAACAGAAAUUCCAAUUAUGUCAGAUAUUGGUGACGACCUUGACUACCAGUCAGACAUGUCAACAGUCAGUGUACAGUAUACAGGGUUUGAGAGCCACCUUCAUGGUGUUAUGGCCUAUGAAUGGGCUGUUGGGACUACACAGGGAGGGGAGGAAGUCCAACCAUUCAUGCCACAUGGAAUCAUCCAUAAUGAAGAGAAGGAUGUGAAAGGAGAUGGAGUAACCAGUUCUGGGUAUGCUCAGAUAACUCUCCCUCUAGAACCAGAGACAACAUACUACACUACAAUCAGGGGAAUAACCAAUGCAGGAAAUGUAAUUGAGGCUACAUCUGAUGGCUUUACUGUCGAUAUAACUCCUCCUACAAUAUCAAUUGACAGAUUGACAGGCCUAACAUCAUCUGACAACAAUAUACAAUCAGGAGGAUCUGUUUACCAGAAAUCAGCUGAUUCCCUGUCUGCUAUGUGGCAUUACAAUGACACUGAGAGUGGUAUUGAGAGGGCUUGGUACUCUGUAGGAACUUAUCCCUAUGCUGAAGAUGUUUCACCUAGGAAAGAGGUGGAUGUUUCAUCUGUACUCCUCAGUGAACUUCCCCUGGCAUUAGUUACUCCUGACUUAACAGGAAAACCCAAUAUUAUAAAUAUCUGGGCAGAAAACAAAGCUGGAUUGAUCAGCCAGAGUAUGUCUGGUGGAGUAAUCAUUGACACAACACCUCCAGGGGCUGGUGUUGUAGAGUGCCCAGAAUAUGUUGGUCUUGAAAUGCCAAUUCAUUGUAAAUGGACAGGGUUCUUAGACAAUGAAAGUCCAAUAGAGAACUUCAACAUUUCUAUGGGGUCAUCACAGGGUUCAAAUGAUAUCUUGGCUGGUCAUGAAGUGUCGGGAUAUACAAGUCUGUAUUCUAUACAAGGUGUAAAUAGCUUGUUAGAGCAUGGAAAGUCUUACUAUGUGACAGUUACAGCCAUUAACACAGUAGGCAUGGAAACCUAUGCUUUCUCUGGUCCUGUUGCAAUAGAUACAACACCACCAAAAUAUGGCAAGGUUGUUGACCUCCAUACAACCUACAGAAUUGAUGUCAGAGACAAUGAAGCUACUGUCAGAAUGAAUGCAAAGAUUUGUUCUAAUGAUGAAGAAUGUGAUGCUCUAGAUGCUACUUGUUCAGAAUCUCUCUCCUCGGUAACAGCAACAUGGCAGCCAUUUUAUGAUGAAGAAUCUGGUAUUGAGGGGUACCAGAUAGCUUUAGGAACUACUCCUGGUGGUGGACAGAUUAAACCAUUCUUUGACAUUCCUAUUGAUGUAAAGUAUUUCACAAUUGGAGGAUUAGACUUGAUGGGUCAGAGGAAGGUUUAUGUAUCUAUAAAAGGUACCAAUGGAGCUGGACUAUCUAGUGUUGCCACAUCAAACGGUCUGUUUUUGUCUUACAUCAGCCAAGGAUUACCUCCUCUAACACACAUAGGAGUGUAUGAUGUACUCAAAGGAUCCCAUGGUGAUGUGAAUUUCCAGGAGAGUUUUGACACCUACAGAGCAUCAUGGGAUGUGUCAGGUGAUCCAUGUCCAGUUGUUAAAUAUGAAUGGCAGAUACAGAGGCUGGAUGGUUUGGUUGUACAACAAUGGCUAGAUGUUGGAGUGAAAACAGCAGGAAUGAAUGAUGGUCUACACAUGAAGAAUGGAGAGUUAUAUUACUCAUUACUGAGAGUGACUAAUGCCCUGAAUUACACCUACAUCAUCAGAUCUGAUGGAGUCACUAUAGAGCAGGAUCCAUUACUACCAGGCAAAGUGUUUGAUGGGGAUAUCACAGGGUAUGACUUAAACUUUCUACCAUCCAAAACAAUGGUCACAGCUAACUGGGAUGGAUUUGGACUCCCUGCUGGUGCCUCAUCUCAAGUCGAUGUAAUUUCAGGAAAUCCAGGAAUUCAUGUGGACCAAUCAAAACUAGAAGAACAACCAGAUAACCAACAGGUGGCUUUCUAUGAGGUUGCAGUAGGGACAGAUAGAAGAUUCCCAAAGACCAGAGACAAUAUUGUACCAUUUACAAAUGUGGGAAAGAAUACUACUGUGACCUUCUAUAACCUUGAUCUGGUACCUGGAACUGGACUGUAUUAUUUCACUGUUAAAGCAUCCAGUGCAUCAUAUUCAGUUGCCACAGUAACAUCAAAUGGUUUCCAUGUUGGAUUUGAUGGAGGUGUUACUCCUGGCACAAUUAUAAUGAAUGACUACAUUAACACAGACAAGCAGGUGGAUGUGCAGUUUGAAGGUUUCACAUCCAAGUUAGACAUACUGAUGUAUUAUGUAGCCAUAUCCAAUAUCACAGAUCUCAACGGAACUGACUGUAAAUUAUAUAUUGAUGGAGGAUCAGCUACUGAAGAAGAGAAACAGCACCUGUUCAGUAUAUUCCCUGUCAGUAAUAUCAACAAGAACACAUUCUACACGCUGACACCUCUACAACUGGACCAGGGACACACAUAUUAUGUAUAUGUAAUGGGCACUGACAAAUCAGGUGAAUGUGGAAUGACCUAUCACAAGUUUACUGUAGAUAUAACACCGCCACAGUCUGGCCACAUCAAGGCAGGACCUUAUUAUGAUAUGCCUGUAACAUAUACCCCAGAUAACUCAACAAUAUCUGUGACCUGGAAGGACUUUAUUGACCCUGAAUCUGACAUAGAUACAUUUGAAGUAUCCCUGUGGAGGAAUUUGUCAUGUUCUAGUGAUAGUACGGAGGAGUUAGUAGUUGACUGGAUAGAACUGACCAGUAAUUAUACACAGUAUGACUUUGUGGAGCUAGAACUGAAGAAAAACAUUCCCUAUACAGUAAAGUUCAGAGUGACAAAUCAAGCAGGCCUUUUUAUCCUACAAGAAACCUCACCAGUUCUGUUUGAUGUCUCACAACCAACCGUUGGUAAAGUGGUGGAUGGAAAAGAUUUCUUAAAUGAUCAAGUCUGGUUUAGUUCAUCUACAACUGCUACAGGAUCCUUGCUGCAUUUGGCUAGUCCAUUUGGUCCAGCUUGUCCAUCAAGAAGCAUAUCCAUGGUCAAUGAUCCCAAGUGGACAGAACUCCAACAGAUUGGUCUGAGGGAUCCCAGUGGGCAGAAGUGGUCACUAAUCCAUCGAACAGAGAAUGUUGACCGACUUGUCUAUGAUGACACAGUGACUAUCAAGCUUGGCAGAGACAAUCAUAAAAAACAGAUGUUUACUGGAGCAUUAUACAGAUCAGCUGACUAUGAAAAUGGAGGCACUUACUAUAUAUCAGUUAAAGCUGCUGGAGGAGAAGGGAUAGGUGUUACUGGUAUAAUGUUAUGGGAUGGACCAGAAGAUGAUAUAGCUACCUAUGACUAUAAAGAGGAGGCAGAUUGGAGCCAGUCUGUGGCUCAGUGCUGUUUGUUAGAUAUCAUUCCUAAUGAAUGUUGGAAAGUAAUAAAUUGUACCACAUACCUGGAUAGUAGAUACUUCAACUCAACAGUACCCACUGCCUCUCCCACCACUACUACCGUAACCUACCAGAAUAUGACCACAGACCCACCCUACCAUGUUGUAAACAAACCCGAUGGAGGUAUAGUAGACACACCCAUGGACACAAGUAUACCUAUAGCACAGUCAUCAUGUGGAAUACAAAUAUUUUCUGGUGCUGCUCCACACAUUGUAUCAUGGUGUAGAACAUUCAAUGACACUUAUCGGGUCAUGAAAACAUCUAUACCUGUCAACUUUGACCCUUCUGCUAGUUUCCAUAGAUACAGAAUCAAAAUUAGUGCUGAGAAGGAGGAAGCUGUUGAUCUGAACUGGUGCAUGGCAGUACAUGUGGAUGAAGAUCAGUUGACAAGGAUUUGUGGAAUAGUUCCACUAAGUGAUUCCACUAAAUUGGUCCUGCAUGUGUGGAACAGAGACAACUAUGUGCCAGAUAUAACUGACAUGUUUAAUGUAUUCUCUACCAAGGCAUACUUCAAAGAUUUAGUCAUGCCUCCUGCUCCAGGAUCAUUGUGUCGCUAUGGUGAUCCCUUUAGAGGAGGAACCAAUCCAAUUCUUCGAUAUGAAGUGGGAAUCGGAAGUGAUAAGAUAUUGACAGACGUUGCACCAUUUAGAGAAGUUUUAAAACCAUGCAUUCCCUGCUAUGGAGAAUGUUCUAAAUAUAACUGUGAUGCAACCUGUAAUGCUAAUGAAUAUGUAGAUAUGACCUUCACCUUAAACAAUCUGAACUUGAAAUCUGUUGCUGUGGUAACCAAUGAAACAGGACAUCAAAUCAACAAAACAUUAAUAUAUUUCUUCACAGUGAAGGCAGUUCUUGGUUCUGGAAUCAAUAAAAUGGCCUCAUCUGAUGGAUUCUAUGUUGAUAUGACCUCGCCAAUAUUUGACCCUGAUGUCAUGAACCAGAUAUAUAUAGAUGUAUCACAAGGAGAAUUUACACCAGUGGUUUACCAGGCUUCAAACAGUACCAUUAAAGCAUUCUGGAGAUGUUUGGAUGAGGAAAGUUCUGUUAAGGAAAAUCUAUGGGCUAUUGGUAAUACAACAGGCGGAGAAGAAUUACAACCCUUUACAUCUGUAGGACUGAAUGCUUCAGCUAUAAACAGUUCAUUUGAAGGCAUAUUACAACAUAAUCAUACAUACUAUGUGUCUAUCAGAUGUGUAAACGGUGGAGGACAGGCAACACAGUGGAAUGAUACUACAGGAGUGACUGUCUUACUGGAACCACCAUUGGUAGAUGAUAUAAACAAUACAAUACCAGGUGCUACAGAAUUCCCACACCCUGUCACACCAUCUGAUGCAAAGGAGAGUACAGAUCCCACUAGUAUAGGGUUUACCUUUUCAGUCAGUGAGGAUAAAUCAGUCACCAGAUAUGAUAUGUGUAUUGGAACGUCAGAAGACAAUGAUGACAUAUUCCCUUGUUUGUGGGUAGGCUAUAAUAUCUCUGGCUCUGCUAUAAUAAAAAAUGGUUGGCUGUACAUAAAUGAUCAUAAAAUCAGACAAUUAUCAGAACUACGUGCUAAUGAUAAUAAUGCAUCAGACACGAGUACCAAUGUCUUCCACAUGGAACCAGGUCGGACGUUGUUUAUGACAAUGAGGGUCUGUAAUGAUGCAAUGCUUUGUACCAACAAAUCUCUGGGCUCCAUCACAAUCACAGAUAAAAAGGCUGUGUUACAGACAUCUGUUCAUGGAGAAGCCAUUAAAUUAGUCCAUUCCUUCUCAUCCAAUUCUACACGGAGAAAGAGAAGUGUGGAUGCACUUACAAUUACUACACCUGAUGGACUUCAGUCUGGACAGAGUAUAAUGAUGCAGCCACUAGAAGAAAAAGACUUGAUAACAGACUAUAGGUCAGACUCAUCUCCACACUUUCAGCCCUACAUUGUCAACCCAGAUACCACAGCUGAUAUGGUGGAAAGAUUAUUAUAUAAAAGGUCACUGCACAGUUUUUACUCAUUUGCACUGGUACCUAUUGGACAUCUGUCAAUGCCGGGACCAGUAAACGUCACAUUCAAUGACUUAGUUGGUGAUAAUGAUGAAAAUAAGACAGCACUGUUACAUUGGAACCCUAUAUUACAACAAUGGGAGAUAACCAGUAGAACUUGUGGUCAAGAUACAGAGGUUGUCAAUGGAGAUGGAACUAUAACUGUUAUGAUUUGUAAAACAUGGAGUGACCAUGAAAACAAACUGGACAAGUCCAACAGGAAGAAGAGAUCUGCUGAAGUUACUACUCCUUACCUGUCAACAGAAACCCAGUAUAUUUUGGUAUCCCUCAGUAAAGGAAUCUUUAACUCACCACCAUGGCUCAUCAGUUCAGAUAAUGUCACUAUGGAAGAGGAUUCAGGUACCCUACAGUAUGAAUUAAAGGCAUUUGAUGAUGAAGGAGAAGAGAUUGAAUUUACUUUAGAUGAAAGUUUUACUGGGUAUAAAAUGUCAGAACCAUUACUGACUGAAGAUGGAAUCCUGCUGUAUACACCUUGUAAAGAUUGUUAUGGAGUGGAAUCUAUCCCUAUAAUACUAAAGGAGAACCAAUCAGAUCCAGACAUCCCUCCAGCUGACACACCAGUCACUGUGACCAUCAAUGUUAUAGAUGUAAAUGACCCUCCAGUGAUGUUUGUGACACAGUAUGGUCAGUCUGUCAUGCAUUCAGAUCCUACUAACCCCAUUUCGGUAUAUUUAGAACAGAUGAAUACAUUUAACAAAGAGAAAUGGUCAGAGAAGUUCACAGCACUGAUUGGUGCCUAUGAUAUUGAUAGAAGUGAUAGUCUCCAUAUAGAGGUGAAUGAGCCAUCACAUGGUAACCACACACUGACGGAGAAAUCUACGGAACCAUUUGAUGUGCAGCCAUGUACAGAAAACUUACCGCUGAACAGCCUACCUUGUGGUAACUUUAGCCAUACAUUACCUUAUGCAGGGAAGAAUAUGUCAUGGAUUUAUUACAGCCUUAGUUAUGAACAAGCUAUGUUGUUUUCUGGUUAUGACGAACUCAAAAUAUAUAUCAACGAUACCCAUAAUGCUACAUCAAAUGUUGUUACUAUUAAAUUUAUCAUCAUGGAGUCACCUUGCCAUAAUGAAGGAAUUUGUGAUGGUAAGAAUGACAGUUCACAAUCUCAUUAUCCCUGCCAAUAUACAACGAGAGCGGAUGACUUUGACAAGUAUUACAGAUGUAUAUGUAAACCAGGGUACUCAGGAUUACAUUGUGAGACUGACAUAGAUGAGUGUAUGUCCUCUCCCUGUAUGGAGCCCCAUGUAUGUUACAACCAGGUUAAUGGAUACAAAUGUGCAUGUCCACAGGAUAAUCCCAAAUGUGACUUUAAACCCUGGAUAGUGGCUGUUGGUGUGGUGGGAGGAUUGCUGUUCUUGUUUAUAAUACUGGCAGCUCUCUACAGACGUAAAGUCAAAAAGAGUGGGCAUUUUAGAUGGAUAGAGAAGCACAUCUUAAAGAGAAAAAUCAACGAUUCCCUGACAUCACUCAGAUCUGAUUCUUCCGAGGCCAGUAUGGGAGAUAUCAAUUUCGGAAGCCUAGUUUUUACUGAUGGUAAAACUGGACCUUUUGACAAUGAUGCAAAUGAAUCAUCUGUUGACAAGGGCUUAAUUCUAUUCCCAGAAAAAGAUGGCAAACCAGAGCCUCAGAAAGGAUGGAGACGACCAUUUGUAUCAGAGUUUCCUCUUUUUAACAAUGCAUCAGUCAGUCCAGAGCCAAUACAACCAAAUGCUAAACCAGUAUUUGAGCCAAAAUCUCUGAAACCAACUGAAUCUGACACAGUUGAAGAUUCAACAACUGCACCUGCUAUCAAAAAAGAUAUAAUAAUGCCUGAGGGCCUUAAGGCUAAGGGACUUGCAUCAGAUUCACAAGCGAAAAACAUGAAGCCUGCUCGACUAGAAAAAAUUGUUCAUCUUGAAAAAUCCCAGAAGUCCAGCAAAGAAGGCAAAGAGAAGAGAAAGUUAAGUAAGGAUGCCAAAGAGGAUUAUCCUGAAAACUGGGUAAUUCCAUCACUUGCAACAGCAUUUGCCAUGCCAGAUCCAUUGAAAGGCUCUAACCGUCCACCAAAGUUUAAACCAAAAAGACCAAAAUCAAAUGAUUUAAAGACCUGGACACCUGAGUUCACAUCACACAAGACUGCAGAAUCCUCUGGUCAAGACAUAGAUCUGGAGAUGACAACAUCAGAGAGACCAGCAUCAGGACAGAGACCAAAGUCACCAUACCGAGUAAAGGAACAAAAUGAAUCAUCAACUGAUGACCAAGUUCCCUACAGUCUUUAUCCUGAUACUAAAACACCAAUGCUGUGAUUGAAUUGACUUUAAACUGAUUUACAACAAAUUUAUAGUAAUUGAUUAUUUUGUGAUUUUAUUCUUCCGUCCAUUUUAGACUGUGAUACAGUUACUUCUUCUAGUUUUGUUAAGUAUUUGCAUAUAUUUACAUAUUGUUUUAUUUUUUUUAUUUUCUGUUAAAAAGUCUGUCCAAAGAUUCUGCUUUUAAAAACAAAAUUGAAAAAAAUAGUUAUAAUUCUCUAUGGCUAAAACUAUAUUGUUUUAUUUGUUUACUUCGUUAAAAACAGCUUUCAGCUGACUGAUCAUGUCUUUCAUUAUUUGGUAUUUUUUUUAAUCAGUAUUCAAAUAUUAAACAACUGAUGCUUGAUAUGUUUAUUAUAUUUAGAAUUAUAUGAUAUAAUGAUAAAAUAAAAUAAAAGUAGCAAUUCAAAGUUUU